AGCAUAUGCCUUACGUGUGGUUUUUAUCCCCUAGAACGUUAAAACUCAGCCGAAACAGAAAAAAAUGGCUCCCCUUCCUGCAAAGGAAGUCGAUGACAGUGAAGAAGAAGACGACUCUUCUGAAGAGGAUGAGAGCAGUGAGGAAGAGAUGAUUCCUCAGAAGAAAGCAGUCACCCCGGCAAAAGUAGCAGCAGUUACACCCAACAAAAAGGCAGCAACUCCUGGCAAGAAAGCAACGCCUACCCCAGCCAAAAAGGCAGUUGUUAUUCCAGCAAAGAAAGGAGCUGUUACUCCAGCAAAGAAGACUCCAGUCCCUGCCAAAGGAGCAAAAAAUGGAAAAAACGCCAAGAAAGAGGAAAGUGAAGAUGAGGAAGAGGAUGAAGAUGAUGAUGAGGAGGAGGAAGAUAGUGAGGAGGAAGAUGAAUCUGAGGAGGAGCCUGCUGUACCAAUAAAAAAACCUGCCAAAAAACCUGUGGCUACUGUGGUUGCCAAAGCAGCCAAGCAAGAGUCUGAAGACGAGGAGGAUGACGAUGAAGAGGAGGAUGACGAUGAAGAGGAUGAGUCAGAUGAUGAACCCAUGGACACUACACCAGCAAAAGGAAAGAAAGCUGUGCUUACAAAACCUACACCCAAAAAGGUUACGCCAGCAAAGGUUGCCAAGGAAGAGUCUGAGGAUGAGGAAGAUGAUGAUGAGGAUGAAGACGAUGAAGAAGAGGAAGAAGAAGAAGAGGAAGAAGAAAAUGUGCAAGAAAUGCCUGGGAAACGAAAGAAGGAGAUGGCAAUGCAAAAAGGCACUCCAGAUGCCAAGAAAAAGAAAACAGAAGAACCUGCCUUCUCCCUCUUCUUGGGCAAUCUGAACUCAAACAAGGAUUUUGAAGAACUGAAGUCGGCAAUCAGGGAUUUCUUUGCCAAAAAGGACCUUGAAGUCCAAGAUGUCAGAAUUGGCAACUCAAAGAAGUUUGGCUAUGCAGAUUUCUCCUCAGAAGCUGAACGGGAGAAAGCACUGAAAUUCAAUGGAAAGAAGUUAAUGGGCUUGGAAAUAAAACUGGAAAAGGCAAAAACUAGAGAGAGCAUUCAAGAGAAUAAGAAAGAAAGAGAUGCAAGAACUAUUUUUGUGAAGAACCUUCCAUACAAUGUAACCCAGGAAGAACUGAAAGAAGAAUUUGACACCGCUUUGGAGGUCAGACUGCUGUCCAAGGAUGGAAGUAGUAAAGGGAUUGCCUACAUUGAGUUUAAGACUGAGGCAGAAGCAGAGAAAGCAGUGGAGGAGAAACAAGGGAUGGAGAUUGGAGGCCGUGCCAUUAUGCUUGACUACACAGGCGAGAAGAGCCAGCAGGACUCCAGAAAAGGCAAUAAGGGAGGUGUAGAAUCAAAGACUCUCGUUGUUAACAACCUCUCAUAUGAUGCAACAGAAGAUUCUCUUCAGGAAGUCUUUGAAAAGGCUGCAGCAAUCAGGAUUCCACAGAACAACCAGGGAAGGUGUAAAGGGUUUGCAUUUGUAGAUUUUGCCUCAAUAGCGGAUGCAAAAGAAGCACUGAAUUCGUGCAACAACGCAGAGAUAGAGGGUCGGACAAUCAGACUAGAAUACAGCACACAAGGCGGACAGAACAGAAGCUCAAACGCCAGAGGAGGAUUUGGUCAACAAAGCAAAACACUGUUUGUGAAAGGCCUCUCUGAAGAAACCACAGAAGAGACCUUGAGAGAGUCCUUUGAUGGCUCUAUCGGUGCUAGAAUUGUCACUGACAGAGACACUGGCUCAUCCAAAGGGUUUGGUUUUGUGGACUUCAGUUCUGCAGAAGAUGCCAAAGCGGCAAAAGAAGCCAUGGAGGAUGGCGAGAUUGAUGGAAACAAAGUGACACUUGACUUUGCCAAGCCAAAGGGUGAUGGUUCUCGCGGCGGCGGCGGAGGCGGCUUUGGUCGUGGAGGCAGAGGCGGCCGAGGUGGCAGGGGAGGAUUUGGCAGGGGAGGUGGCCGAGGAUUUGGAGGCAGAGGCGGUGGCUUCAGGGGAGGCAGAGGAGGAGGAGGAGGUGGUGACUACAAGCCGCAAGGAAAGAAGAUAAAAUUUGAUGACUGAGUGGCUUGUUUUGCUCAUAUCUGAAAGGACUCUGGCAAUGUUUUUUUAAAUUCUGUCACCACAAAAUCACAGAGCCUUCUGAGGACAUUCCAAGAUGCGUUGCAGUCUGCUAAGAAGUACUUGGAAAACUCCCUUUCGAUGAGGAAACAGCCUUUCGACUGCCUGGCCAUGCAUAUGAACUUUUUUUAAAAGCAACAACAAAAUGUGGGAAUUGACUUGUGUCAGUGCUUUGUCCUGAAUUUAUAAUGUUUUACCCUAUGUAAAAAAAAUAAUAACCUCCUUACACAUUUCUGUAGGUUUUCUCCUUGUUCUUUUCCCCUUGCUGUAAAAAUGCAAAAUGUUUUAUUGUUUGUGUCUCAGCAUACUGUCUUGGACAGAUUAAAGGGCCUAAACAGA